ACUCCAGUGACUACAGCUAAUUAACUGGGAUAAUCCCAGUCAAUCAACUCCUUAACGAGGCAGAUAAUUAACCAGAGUGCCACCACCUGAGAGGAAUCUUCCAGGUGAGACUACACACAGGUCAACACCCUUCCUGUCCAGGUGAGACCACACACCAGCACUGCCACAGAUGUCUAAGCGUGGGCAGAGACGGCCAGGGGCCCUGAGGAGGGGCCAGGAGUUCUCAGACCUCCAGGACACCUUCCUGCUUAGCAGGGAGCCCGGCUCGUCCUUCAGUGAGACCUCCCACAGCACCUCCUGGUGGGCAGGUAGAGACGAGAGGAAGGUGCGGGGACCCUCACUCAAGGAGCAGCUGUCUGAGAAGGAGCAACACAUUGCCAGGAUUCAAGACGCACUGAGACGAGAGAGGGAGAAGUCGUCUCGGCUGCAGUCCCGGUGUGUCCAGCAGGGGGCAGAGUUGAGGCGCAGAGAGCAGCAGGCGUCCAGACUGAGGGAGCGUCUGGCAGACACACGCAGAGACCGGGGCCAUGGUGAGGGCAUGCACACACACACACACACACUCGCUUCAGUCAUGUUGAUAGAGCAGCUGCUCAGACCAGCCAGGGGCAACCCCAGUAGGAGGGAGGAGGCGGCGCUGCCUGCGAUGCUGGAGCGCCGGGAGGCGGAGCUUAGAGAGGCGAUGAAGCUGAGGCACGGGCUCACCUCGCUACUGCACACGCUCAGACGAGACAUGGAGCAGACAAUACAGGACACCGAUGUGGAACAGGAAGAGGCUGAUAACGGGGUUGGGUCCAAUCAGAGGAGGUGCUGGGGGAGCAUGUGGACCGGAGGUGUUGUUCAGGGUUGGAGGAAGGUGCAGCGGAGGCUUGAAGAUCUCCUGAUUGCAGGCCACACAGGAGAGGGCACAGACCAGGAUAAGCUGCUGGCUCAGCUGGAGCAGGAGCUGCAGGAGGGUCACCAGCUGAUUAAGACACAGCAGCAGCUACUGCAGGACAGUUUGAACUCUCCGAUGCCGGAUACUUUGGAAGAUUGCUACUUCCUGGAAGAGUGGGAGGGGCUUCAAGCCAGGCGGGCGGAGAUGGAGCAGCAGAGGCGGAGCUUUCAGAGGGAGCGGCAGGCCUUCACCGACGCUGCCAUCCGAUUGGGUCGCGAGCGUUGUGAGUUUGAGCAGCAGAAAGCGUCCCUGGUGAAACAGCACUACCUGUGCGAGUCUCCUGUGUUUGGAAAGACCACUCGCUACAACAGGAGAGAGAGCACUGCCCUCAGUCUGCUGGGGUCAGACCACACGUCCUUCUCCGACUCCUGCCUGGCCGCCUCCUCUUCGCUCGGGUCCGGGGUCACACCGUGGCCUCGCUGGGGGACAGCGCGGGGUUGUGGAGAGGUCAGAGUUCAAACACCCAGCACCCCUGAGCUCUACUCUUUCUUACGACUGCCCUUCCAGAACAGAUCCAGUGAGAAUCCAGCCCAGCCAGAGAGCUGGGACAAGGGGGCAAGGAGGCACCAGUUAAGCCCCCUUCCUCCAGGCAUGGACUUCUCCUUUUAGAUGAGCUAAGAGCUGCGGAAGCCAGUUGCAGUUAUGCCCAUAAAGUUUGUAUAAAUGUAUGUUGUUGUUUUUGUGUUUGGAAACAAUAAAGAUUAUAUGAAUA